GGGCGAGCACUGCGCCUGCGCGAGGGAGGCCGCGGUGCUCACUGAUAAACGGUCCGGGCGGAGGGGAGUCGGCGCGCGCGCGCGAGAGAGAGGAGAGAGUGUUUGCGGCGACGGCGGGAACGGGAAGAAGAAGAAGCAGCAGAUCGUUCCGGUUACCGCGCGGCGGGAGAGAGAGAGAGAGGGCGGCGGCGGCGGCGCUGUCACCGCUGGUCCUGUCGGGCGGAGGCCGGAGAGGCUUCGGGAGGCCGCGGCUCCGCGGUGGGGCGGGGCUCGGGCUGUGAGGUGAGGACCGCCGCCUCUGGUAAAAAUCUUGUGGGGAAAUUGGAGAUUCCGGGCUGGAGCCUGCAACAGUUUGCCUUCUUUGCCAUUCCUAGAGCCCUUCGGUCCACUUCAGGAAAAUGCCGGCAGCGGAAGAAGACCACAGUCAGAUAAUUCGCGAGGUCUGGGCGAACAACCUCGAGGAAGAGAUGAGAAAAAUUCGCCUGAUUAUUCAGAAGUAUAAUUACAUAGCUAUGGAUACCGAGUUUCCUGGUGUUGUGGUUAGGCCAAUUGGAGAGUUCCGGAGCACUGUUGAUUAUCAAUACCAGCUUCUGCGAUGCAACGUGGACCUGCUGAAGAUCAUCCAGCUCGGACUGACUUUCAUGAAUGAAAAAGGUCAUUACCCGCCGGGUACCUCCACGUGGCAAUUCAACUUUAAAUUCAACCUCACGGAGGACAUGUACUCUCAAGACUCGAUAGACCUGUUGAGAACCUCUGGGCUCCAAUUCAAAAAACAUGGCGAGGAAGGCAUUGAGACUUCUUACUUUGCGGAGCUCCUCAUGACGUCUGGGGUCGUUCUUUGUGACAAUGUCAAAUGGCUUUCUUUUCAUAGUGGAUACGACUUUGGGUACUUGAUUAAACUUCUAACCCAUUCACGGUUGCCUGAAGAAGAGCAAGAGUUCUUUGACAUCCUGCAUUUGUUCUUCCCUGCAAUCUAUGAUGUGAAGUACCUCAUGAAAAGUUGCAAAAACCUGAAGGGUGGCCUACAAGAGGUUGCUGAACAGCUUGAGUUGGAGCGUAUUGGACGCCAGCACCAGGCAGGUUCAGACUCACUGCUGACAGGCAUGGCUUUCUUCAGGAUGAGAGAGUUGUUUUUUGAAGACAACAUUGAUGACACCAAAUACUGUGGACAUUUGUAUGGUCUUGGAUCAGGUUCAACCAACAACCACAAUGGGACAGCAGGAACUUCUGAGGAGGAAGCCAACAGCAAACACUGACCAUAGCUGAGAUGUUUUAUUGGACCCUGAUCCUUUUAAUAGAUUUUACUACAGAAUAAGUAACCUUCACCAGACAGAAAGUUUUUGAGAGGUUUGUCAUUGGACUGCCAAGAGCAAUUAAACCUGAUUUGCUUUAUUUUUAAAAAAAAAUAAAACCUGUGUAAUAAUGUUUUACUGCAACUUGAUGUGUAUGCGUUUUGUAAAUACUGUACUGUUGAUUUAAUCAUUUUCCACAUCAGUCGUCUGCAUGAAAUUAAUCCAGUCUAACCUGUUGCAUUCUUGCGGUGCAGUGGAUUAGUGCUUUGCCUCCUGAAAUGUGUAUUUCAUUCUCCACUUUUGAAAGCUCUAACUACAAUACCAAACUGGCUUUGUGUUCCUCACGUGCAGAGCACAUCAUUGUGGAAAUAGUGCACAGUCCUCACUUUUAUCCUGUUUAUUGUUAUCCAUGCCAGUGAUGUGGCACUAAAGUCUGACCAUUUUGAAGAUUUCUUGUCUUCAGAGUCCGGGUUAACACCAAUUGACGGUCACAAAUUGCUGCAAUUAUAUUGGAGUCUGAUCUGCAUCUGAUCUAAGAGUUACUGGGAGUAAAUCCCACCGAUUUAAAGAAAAAUCUUACUGGUAAAGCUGUGUGGAUGUAAUCUAGUCUUAUCUUUUCAGUAAUGGAUAGUGUUUGCAAAGUAUCUUGUGACAUUUAGGGUGGAAGUUACUUUUAUGCAUAGAAGGGAAAAAAACUCCAGCCCUGGUGUCACUCUAGAACCCCCCAAUUCAUCAUCAUUGUCCUCUUCUUGUGAUCUGAAUGAUUAAAAGUAAAUAUUGUAGCCAGGAAAUUGAGCUUGUUUUAUAGUCGCAUUGCUCCACUUGUUGCCCUUCUACAUAAGUGAGGACAACAUUUAGAAGUUGUUGCUGUUCACAUCUUGAUCAAGUGUCAGGGAUUUAAACUAUAAUCUUUCAAAAGGAAUGAGGUUAAAAUUAGACCCUUUCACUUUUUAUGCUUUUAAUGAGAAAGUAUGAUUUUUAUUACUGCUGUAUGUUGGUGUCGUAUGAACAACCCUUUCUUCAAAACGGAUUCAAGAUGUUUACUUGUCAGUCUCACUGUUUUAAAGGAUUUGAACCCUAAAUCUGGUUGACAUUUAAGUCAUGCCUGAAAGGAUCUUCUGCCUGAUACCUGGAGGCAAUGUCUUUCAGUUUUUCUAGUCUGAUUUUAAUUACUGCACAAGUGUUGCAAUGGGACUGGCUGGAUUGGUCAAAUGCUUCACCAGUUAAAGAAGCCCAGUUUAUUGUUGAUUCUAAUUUGAAUGGAAAGAGCCACUUGUACAUUGAUUUAUACAGUAGAACCCUUCAAACCAUUUCAUCCACUUUCAUUAUAGUAUGUGAUGCUUUGUUCAUUUUCACAUUGCUUUAAAUAAAGUGUCUUAACGGAAGUACUUUUAAGUAUAAAAUACUCAAUGCCUUGCAUAUCCCAUGUGUUGGCAGCUCAUACUAAUGGCAAAUAGAUCAUCUGGUGAAAAUUGGUUGCAAUUUCUGGGACAGUAAUUCACAACCUAUUAGGUCAAUUGUAUUAUAUUUUGCUUCAUAGGUACUUUCUCAUUUUACGAUGAACUGGAAUGCUUUUUUUUAUGUUUAGUAAUAGUAUAAAGUGCCCAAAUGACGAAUUGAAAGCAAUGUAUUUUAAAUGGUUAUAAAUUAAAGAUUUGUUUCAUAUAA